GGCAGAACCCUCACUCACACCCAGGAUGGCGGCCUCCUUCGUCACGGCGCUCUUGGCGCGCCCCAUGCCUCUCUUCGCGGCUGCCGCGGCACUCCGGGCCGUCAUGCUCAUCUACGGCCUCUGGCAGGAUGCCAACUCGCCCGUCAAGUACACGGACAUAGACUACCUCGUCUUUACCGACGCCGCUCGCUUCACCUUUGCUCCUCAGGGCGACGGGCCUGCGGGUUCCCUGGCCUCGCCUGCCGCCUCGCCUUAUACCCGCGAGACGUACCGCUACACGCCUCUCCUGGCGUGGAUGCUCUAUCCAACUGUCCUGCCAGGGGUCUUCUGGUUCUCCUUUGGCAAGGUCCUCUUUGCGGCUGCCGACCUCGCUGCCGGCUGGCUUCUUGUGCUCGUGCUGCGCCGCCACAUGGCGAUGCCGAUGGACCGCGCCCUCAAGUAUGCCAGCAUCUGGCUGCUCAACCCAAUGGUGGCCACCAUCAGCACCAGGGGCAGCUCAGAGGGUCUGCUUGGCGUCAUGGUCAUGGCCCUCUUGUAUGCCGUGCUGGAGCGCCGUGUAGUCCUGGCAGGUCUUCUCCUGGGUUUCAGCGUCCACUUCAAGAUCUAUCCCUUCAUCUACGCCCCCGCCAUUGUCUGGUGGAUGGAUGCGAGCCGCAUGAGACCUGUGGCAGGCAAGACAGCGGCUUCCAAGCCCUCCGCUGCCGCCGCCCAAAAGGCCGAGGCCAAAUCUCGGAGUGCUCUCCAGAUCGUCCAUGACUUCCUCACACCCGAGCGGAUCCAGCUCACGAUUGUGAGCCUCGGAACUUUCACACUACUCAACGUCGCCAUGUACGCGAUGUACGGCAUGCCCUUCCUGGAACACACCUUCCUCCACCACGUCACGCGCAUCGACCACCGCCACAACUUCAGCCCCUACAACAUCCUGCUGUAUUUGUCGUCUGCGGCGGCGGCCAGCGCAGAGUCCGCACCAGAUAUCACCGGUGUAAUUCAGCCCCCCGUGCCAGCAAGCAGUGCCGUGGGCGUCGAGUCCGUGGCAUUCCUGCCGCAGCUCCUCCUCUCGACCGUCUUGAUCCCGCUGGUCGGAGCCAAGAAGAAUCUCCCCGCAACGAUGCUUGCGCAGACCUUUGCCUUUGUGACGUUCAACAAGGUCUGCACCAGCCAGUACUUCCUCUGGUAUCUCAUCUUCCUCCCGCUCUAUCUCCCCAGCUCCUCCCUUCUCCGCAAGCCCACAUCCCUAGGCCUACCAGCCCUACUCCUCUGGAUCGCCACACAGGGCGCCUGGCUCUCGCAGGGCUACAACCUCGAGUUCCUGGGUCUCAGCACCUUCCUGCCCGGCCUGUGGCUCUCGUCACUGGCGUUCUUCCUAGUCAACUGCUGGAUCCUGGGCAUCAUCGUGGGGGACUUUGACAGUGCCGACGCGGUCGACAGUGAGGACGACGUUGCUGUCAGCACCAAAUCAGCAUCGUGACGUGAUGAACCUAGGGGGAUGAUGCACAAAGUAUUGGAAGUGGGACAGCGAGCAGUGGUAUAGCUUGUAUCAACAGCAAAAUUCGAUCCAAAGGGGAAGUGGCGCGUCGUCCUCACGGCUGGCACGAGGGACCUCGCGUCACCGUUUAUAGGGAAAAUCCAAGAAUAUUAUUUCUCAAUGCCAUCACGGUCCCCC